AUGACGACUCAACUUGAAGAUAUGAUGAAACAGUUGGAGGCGCUCCGUGGCCUCCUUGCCGAGGACGGCACCAGGUCUCACGUGCGGUGGGUGCACGGCAGACUCGAGGCGACCUGCCAGGCUGCAGUGGCCGCCCUAGCGGACGUGAAGAAGAAAGAGGAGAAAGAGGCUGCCUUGGUGCAGCUCCGCGAGAAGGUGGCCCUCGGUGCCGAAAAGGAAUUCGAGAAUGCCAAGGAGAAGCUUCUCGCGCACGUCACUCGCCUGGAUCUGGGUGAGCUGACGCGCAAGGUGAACAAGCUCGCCGAGGACGUGGGCAGCUCCUUGGACGAGGCCGACCCGGCCACCGGCGGCCUCAAGGGUCAAAUGUCCAAGGUGAUGGCGUCACUGACGCAGCUGUCCGCCUCAAAAGGCAAAAUGGCCGAGCAGGUGGACGAGGCGGCCAAGGCGCUCGAUGGCAUGUGCCGCGGCGACACGGCCGUCUUGUCGACGGCGCACUUUGACCAGCAGCUCUCGAAGCUCACCGAGAGCGCACGUGAGACGGGCAAGUGCGUCUCCGAGGCCCAGAAGAACGCCGUGACGGCGACCCAGCUUGACCAAAUAAUGGACAAGGUGGCUAGUAAAAUGGACGAGACGCGCAAGUCCGUCUUGGAGGGCCAAAAGAACGCCGUGACGGCGUCGCACCUCGACGACAGUAUCGUCGAGGUGGCUAGUAAGAUUGACGAGACGCACAAGUCCGUCUUGGGUGUCGGCAAGGGCGCCUUGACGGCGUCGCACUUUGACGAGAGAAUCGUCAAGGUGGCUAGUAAAAUGGACGAGACGCACAAGUCCGUCUUGGAGGCCCAGAAGAAUGCCGUGACGGCGUCAGAUCUUGGCCAAGUGGCUGACAAGGUUGACGGCGCGGUCAAUGCCAUGUUGAAGGCCCAACAGGACACGUUGUCCGGGUCGCACUUUAUCAAGGCGGCCCAGUCCAUCUCCGACGGCCAGGCAAAGGCCAUGGGAAAGGUGAGGGCGGUAGACGUCAAGGUCGACGAGAUGGCCAAGUCAUUGGGCUCCCUGAUUCUGGACCAAAGGGGCCUCGUGUCCAAGACGCACUUUGAUUCGACGGCUGUCCAGCAAGCGGGCGACAUCCGCAAGGUCGCCAAAGACGGCGCCAAGGCGGUGGACGGCAUCCGGAAGCUCAGUACGAGGGUGCGCUCGCUGGCCGAGGCGGCAAUGAAGUUGGGCGAUGGCCUCUCGGAUCUGGCGUCCGAGCAGUCGCUCAAGGACAGCCACGAGCUGGUGCUGCAGAGCCUUUCGGGCCUGCCGACCGCGGAGUCGCUGGACGGGAAGCUGGCUGACUGCAGCACCAAGGCCCAGGAGCAGGCGCAAAAGCUUCACGAAGCCGUGAUGCAAGGCCUCUCGAGCCUACCGACGGCCGAGUCGCUCAGCAAGAUGCUGGACGAAGACGACGAGCGCCGGACCAAGGGUGCCGAUGCCGUCCUCAAGGCCAUUGGCAGCCUGAACGAGGCGGUCAAGGAGCUGCCGACGGGCCGACAAGCAGAGGCGGCUUGCAAGAGCCUCGAGGAGGCGAUGGGGGGCAAGGACGGCCUCGCGAGCAAGGUCGUAGACGUGCGUCAGACGCUGUCCAGCCUCGCCAAGCCCGACGACGUGGGCCGUCUGCUCUCCGACAAGCUGCGCGCCCUGACCCUGGGCAAGCUGUCCGAGGGUCUGGACGGGCUGGCGACGGCCGGACAGACAAAGGCAAUGGCAGACCGCGUCGACGCGCACGGGGAGGCAGCGGGCAAAGGCUUCGAGGCCAUCUCGCAGGCCGUGUCCAGUCUUGCCCAGGACGUGUCCGAAAAGGCCACGGCGAGGUCGCAGGAGACGCUCGACAGGAACAUGCGCUCCGGCCUCGAGUCCAUGGGCAAAAGGUUCCGGGAGGAGGCGAGAAGCGCUGGCGGCCAGUUGAUGGCGAGGGUUGCCACGUCGGAGACGGCGCUCAUGCGCAAGCUGGAGUCGAUGGAGGCAACUGACGCCGACGUCGAGCAGCUCGAAUCCGAGCUCAAGGCCGCCAGGGAGGCCAAGGACGCCAAGGACGCCGAGGCGAAGCAGCUCCGAUCCGAGCUGCAGGCCGUCAAGGAGGCCAAGGAGGCCGAGAUCCAGCAGCUCAAAUCCGACCUGCAGGCCGCCGGGGAGGCCAAGGCCAAGGCCGAGGGGCGCAGCGAGGCGGCCAAGGAACAGCUCAGCGUGUUCCAGAGCAGCCAGCUGGAGGCUGCCGACAGGAUCGUCGAGCAGAUGAAGGAGCAGCUCCUUGACUGCCGCGGCUGCGCCGACAAGAACGCCACGAUUGUCAAGCUACAAGAUGCCGAACGCAAGCUGUCGUCCCGGGCGCACAGCCUGCGCGCGCAGCGCGAGGAGUUCAAGGAGUCCAACGGCCGCCUGCAACGCGAGUUGGCGGUGGCCAAAGACAAGGCCCGAGAUUCCCGUGCCGUCUCGGAGCUUGCGGCCGAGUUUGAGCAGGUCAAGCAGGUGCUGGGGAAGCCCCUCGAGAUGGAGAAGCUCAGAGCCACCCUUGAAGACACGCAGGGGGCUCUCGACAGUGCCAAUGGCCAGAUCUCAGAGCAUAUCAAACGCAUCAACCAGUUGCAGGGCUAUUUGACCACCGAGGAGGCGAACUACGAGGAGCAGCGGCGACGAGCCGACGCCCUCGAGGUGGCCGGGGAGACGUGGCGCCGGGAAGCCGCAACUCUCAACGAUGCCCAUGACAAGGAGCUCACGGACCUGCAAAACCAGCUCCAGGAGGAAAGGGACGCCCGAAACAAGGAGCUGGGCCGAAUCGGCAAGCUCGAGGUCCAGCUCGCCACGGUGACCUCGGAGCGAGACGGCUGGCAGCGCAUGGCGCAGGCGGCGCCCGAAGCCCAGGCCGCGUCGCAGAAGCGGGCCUCCGACUCGGCGGCGGCGGCGUCUACACCAAAGAGACAGCGGGUCGAGGAAGAGGUGCCGGUCCUCGCAUCGCGUCUGCAGGACCUGUCUCGCGCCCUCAAGGAUGUCGAGGUAGUGCCAGAGUCACGGCGAGAGUUUAACCUCGACCUCGUCGCGGCAGAGCUGGUCGUCUUGCAAGGCGGCACCGCGGACAUGGCCGCGGCCCUGCGCACCUUUGCCGGCUCGGCGCAACGAGGUGCGUUUUACUGCCACAGACUCGUCGUCCAACGCGAGGGCGCCGUGCGAAUGCGGCACCGCAUAGCCGUCGGGGAAAAGUGCCAACGCCACCCGGCACUAAGCGACUGCAUGCUGGUGCGGAUCGUCGACGACGAUAACGACGGGCAACCCAGGUUCGACUACAGGAAUGUGUAA